AGGGAAUAAGGAAGCUGUUCUCUGGAGCGUUAAUGGCAGCUAGUAGAGGGGCCAUGGUCACUGUGGGGCAGCUCUCCUGUUAUGACCAGGCCAAGCAGCUGGUUCUGGGAACUGGUUUGAUGACUGAUAACAUUUUCACUCACUUUGUUGCUAGCUUCAUUGCGGGAGGUUGUGCUACUGUUCUCUGUCAGCCUAUGGAUGUUGUGAAAACCAGACUGAUGAAUUCAAAGGGGGAAUACAGGGGGGUGAUUCAUUGUCUGUCUGAUACUGGAAAACUCGGACCUAAAGCUUUCUACAAG